AUGGCCAUGGGUUUCUGGGCCAGGGCUACUAUGCUGCUGCUCUUAGCCAGCUGCCAUGUUGUCGCAGGAUUUGGCUGGAGGAGAGAGUCGAAUAUUAACCCAAGCCGGAGAGUCGGCCUCAAUCUUCAGCCAGACUUGAGCGCGUCAUCACUUCUCCAUACCCAGAAUCAGCGGGCCACGACGUACGAGAUUGCGCUCCAUGAACUACAACAGCUCGAGUCGGAGCCUCUCUGCCAUCGCACUGCAGCAAGGCUACUCGUAAACAAUUGCCAGCUCCUCGAAGGCAAGGACGAAGCGACCGUGCUCACAGACAGCGGCAGGCAGAUCCGAGAUUUCGUCGACGCCUACGCCGCUAGCCUGGCGAUUUGUGAUCUUGAACGUGGUAGCUUUGCCAUUCCCAGAGAAUGCACGAAAUUCCGAGAGUCAGCCCUUAACCAGCUCGGUCCUCCUGAAACUGCUCAGCUUCAUGUGAGCUCCAAGGAAAUUGACAGUUGCCUCUCGGGAUUAGGCGCUUCCGACUCGGCUUGGAACACAUGGAUCAGCUAUCGUCACAAGGCACUCCGAUUUUGCGAAGCUGCGAGGGCGGACAACGAAAAAGCGGAGCACAUCCGCCUUUUCCAGCGGCUCACCAAAGUCAUGAGCAAAAUGACUGAUGGCGUGGAGCAGGCGACCGAUAAACGAAUGGAAGAUCUUGAUGCCAAGGCCCAACAUGUCAGCCAAGGUCUUGACAAUUUGUCACCUCGGAUCGACCAUAUCGCGGCUAGCAUUGCCGGUAUUGAUAGCCUUAUCUCAGGAGACCUGGAGACCGCUCUGAAGCAAUCAACGGAUACUGUCAAUCAGGGACUUCACAGUGCUGCAAAUCUGCAGAGAGCUCUAGAAAUCAUGAUGCAGACAAUUUUGAGCACGAAUGCCGAAGCUGCUUCUGCCCACGAAAAGUCGGUAGAGCUCGUUACGCGGAAAGCUGAAACGGAGAUAGCCACAGUUAUGUCUGCGAUGGCUGCCGCUGUUUUCUCGGCCACCACGCUACAAAACCAGAUCGAGCAGUCGCGUCUACAGGCUGCAGAACUUGAAUAUCGACAGGCAAAUGUGGAAGAGGGGAUGAUGCGACUGGCCGAUAUUACCGAGAACCUUUCAAGCAAAUACAACGACCAUACACAGCUCCUGCACCAAGCACAGAAUAUGACAGAUGAAAUUCUGGACGCACUUCAAGACACGGCAGCUGCGGCUGCAAUCGUAGGCGAUGCAUUCUCGAAGCAGCCACCCAUAUCUUCGUGGUGGCCCUACAUCUGGUGUCCCGCUGCGUCUCUCGUCAUGGGUUCAUACGGGCUUCCUCCUUCGGCUGGGAGAAACCUAGGUCUAGUCGCACUCGGCGAAUUCGUGGGCUUCAUGGUAUCCUCAGCACAAUCGCUUACCUUCGACCUUCCAUUAUUCUCGCAGGUGGCAGUCUCUGGCGUAUUGGCCAAUCUUGUAACAGCCGCAUCACCAACCGCAGUCACAAAUUCCAAGAACGCCACGAUAACCAACUUUCCCUAG